AUGCGACCUGCUGAGAGUUGCUAUGCAGUUCUUUUCUUUGACUUUCUUUUGUCUUUCUUUCGAAUUUUCUUUCUUUUUCUUUCUUUCUUUCUUUCUUUCAGUACCUUCUUUUCUUUGAUUUUCUUUCUUUCUUUCUUUCUUUCUUUCUUUCUUUUCCUAUUUUUCAUUCUUUCUUCCUUAGUUCUUUUCUUUGAUUUUCUUUCUUUCUUCUUUCUUUCUUUCUUUCUUUCUUUCUUUCUUUCUUUCUUUCUUUCAUUCUUUUCUUUGAUUUUCUUUCUUUCUUUCUUUCUUUCUUUCUUUCUUUCUUUCUUUCUUUCUUUCUUUCUUUUAUUGCCUUCUCUAUAUCAGUUCUUUCAUUCGUUUUCUUUUCCUUUCUUUAUCCUUUCUUCUUUUUCUUUUCUUUCUUACAUGACGUUUUCUUUCCAGUUUUUCCUUCUAUUUCUUCUUUUCUUUUCUCUCUUUACAGUUGAUACCAUUAUGGCGACUUCGUUGAAAAUAUUUUUCUCUCUUCAUUUGCCAUUAAUUAUUUUUCUUUUUUUUCAUUCUCAGUAUUCUUAA